UGGAAAUAUGGGCAGGGUUCAACACCCAUUUUGGGGGGUUCUGUAUAAAGCCGGUCUAUGAACCGACUAUGCACAUAUUUACCUAUUUAUCUCAUCCCCAGCCACUGGAGCUCGAUUUGUUAUAAUAAGAAACUUAAUAAGAAGUGCAUAGGCCAAGAAAAUGUCUUUUGUGGUGAAAAUGAACGGAGCUCAGAACAAUGGCAUCAACGGGAACUUCAUCAACGGGAACGGUGUGCAUCAUGUGAGUGUGCGGACUCAUGUGAGUGUGAACCCUGCCAAACUGAAGAGCCUCAAGCAGAGAUGGAACGUCAGACCCUCAGAGAUGUCCAAAAAAACACUCAACCCCAUCCGAGCCAUAGUGGACGGGAUGAAACUCACUCCCAACCCCGAGAAACCCAUGAUUGCUCUAUCCAUUGGUGACCCAACUGUGUUUGGGAACUUGCCAACAGAUGACACUGUUUUACAGGCAAUGAAGGAGGCCAUAGACUCACACAAAUACAAUGGCUAUGCUCCCUCAGUUGGUUACCAAAAGAGCAGAGAAGCUGUUGCAAACUUCUACAGCUGUCCAGAAGCUCCACUGGAAGGCAAAGAUGUGAUCUUGGCCAGUGGCUGUAGCCAGGCUAUAGAGUUGGCCAUCAGCGUGUUGUGUAACCCAGGGGACAAUAUCUUAGUUCCACGUCCUGGAUUCUCCCUCUAUAAGACACUGGCAGUGUCUAUGGGCAUCCAAGUCAAGCACUAUAAUCUGCUGCCGGAGAAGUCCUGGGAGAUUGAUCUUCAGCACCUGGAGAGUCUGAUCGAUGACAAAACAGCCUGUCUGAUUGUCAACAACCCAUCCAAUCCGUGCGGCUCUGUAUUCUCCAGAGAACACCAGCAUAAGAUUCUAUCCGUGGCGUCAAGAAACUGUAUCCCUAUCCUUGCUGAUGAGAUCUACGGAGACAUGGUAUUCCCGGGCUGUGAUUUUCAGCAUUUGGCACCUCUCAGCAGUGACGUGCCCAUCCUGUCCUGUGGUGGUCUUGCCAAGCGCUGGUUGGUUCCUGGCUGGAGGAUGGGCUGGAUCCUCAUCCAUGAUCGUAAUGACAUAUUUGGAACCGGAAUUCGGGAGGGACUUGUGAAACUAAGCCAGCGCAUUUUGGGACCCUGUACUGUGGUCCAGGGAGCAUUAGAGAGCAUUUUGAAUGACACGCCACCAGAGUUCUACCAAGGCACCAUUAGUUUCCUCAAGUCAAACUCAGAGAUAUGUUACUCAGAGUUGUCAACUGUUCCCGGGCUAAAUCCGGUGAUGCCAGCAGGAGCCAUGUACAUUAUGGUGGGGAUCGAGAUGGAACACUUCCCAGAUUUCCAGAAUGAUGUGGAGUUCACUGAACGGCUGGUCACUGAGCAGUCUGUGUUCUGUUUGCCCGCUACGGCAUUUGAAUAUCCAAACUUCUUCCGAAUUGUGGUAACCGUCCCAGAGGAGAUGAUGAUUGAAGCAUGCAUUCGGAUCAGAGAAUUCUGUGCACGUCACUAUCGACCUAGGAGCCAAGACAGCCACGAAUUGGACCAGUGAAAGAAACGGACAGAGAACGAAAGGUCGAAGGAGGAAAGGAAAGGUCAAAGAGCAGAACAAAGUUGUGUAUGUAGCUGAAGAAUGAAUCAAAGUGUUAUAAGAGAGGACACAGUUAUGUGCAUUACAUGUGACAUGCCUUCCCUUUCAGGAAACCCACAGUUCUAUGCAAACAUCAUAUUUAUAUUUUUAUAUGUAUUAUGGCUAGUAUUAUAUAGGGAAGGGGUGGGAGGGUAGUUUGAGGGUUAUUAAAUGAAUAUACAAUUUUUUUCAUUAUUGUGAAAUAUUGUAGUCUUUUUUUUCUUACACUGUAACAGACAUUGUUGCAAGUUUGGGAAGACUUGUGACCAAACCAUGAAGCCAUUUCAUAUGUAUCCUGCAUGAUGUGAAGUAUUUAUCCAAUAUGUGACGUUUUAGGAAUAGAAUAUUUUGUAUUGCAUGUGUUUAAUUUGCAUGCCCAACCACUUUGACAUAUAUAUGACAUCUAAAAAAAUUUUACAUUUUUUUUUAGAAUUUUGUUCUCAGUUGUUACACCUCAAAAACUAUUUAAAUAAAAUUGCAUCUCAAUAUUUC